AUGACGUCGACAGCUGCAGUUAUUGGUAGUACAGGCCUUGUAGGCUCUCACAUAUUGACCACUCUUCUCGGCCUCGAUGCCUUUAAGUCAGUUUAUACCGUCUCUCGACGACACCCGAAAGCAGAGUCGCCCAAAUUAGUCGCCGCCGUCGAGGCCGACACCACCAAAUGGGCAUCCAAUCUUUCCUCCAUUACGCCCCCGCCGUCUGUAGUUUUCUCCGCCUUGGGAACGACCAGAGCUCAAGCUGGCGGUAUCGCAAACCAGUGGAAAAUCGACCAUGACCUUAACGUCGAACUCGCCAAAGCCGCACACUCCGCCGGAGUCAAAACGUUUAUUUUCGUCUCGUCGGCCGGUACGCGCGGUCUCCUUGGCAGCUCUGCUCCCUACUCCAAGAUGAAAGUCGGCGUCGAGGACUCGAUCAAGUCUCUUGCCUUCGACCAAGCGAUCAUCCUACGACCGGGCCUGAUUCUCGGGCAGCGCGAAGUCGAGCACACGGGUGGGCCACUGCUCAACACCAUCGUUCGCGGCUUAGGAAAGAUCACCCAAGGCGCGCAAGACUUCUGGGGUCAGGAUGCGGAGGUUAUCGGACGCGCUGCCGUUCGCGCUUCCGUGCUGGCCGCCGAAGGCAAGGCGCCGAGCAAAUAUUGGGUUCUGGAGUCAUCUGACAUCCUCAAGCUCGGACGAGACGAGUGGAAGGCUUAA